AUGAACACAGGCGACUACGACAACGGGCAGUUCUGGCUCAUUAUCGACGCGAACUCAGCGUUGACUAUGGCAGGCGUCGUUGGCUUGGUGAUCGUGAGUCUGAGCUACUUAUUUGUGGUGCUGAAGAUGUUGCUGUGGCGCGAGAAGAUCCUCACUCCUGCUAUGCUUCGGCGACUGGAGAGGAGACUGCUGGGCAGUUGGAAUGGGGAUGGAUCUCGCUUGGAGUCCAGGACGUGGUCGAUCAUUGUAGGGCCUACGUACCGACGAGCACAUAGCGUCUGGAGGGACCUCACGUCGUUCAAUGGCAGGAAUCGGAAAUUAUGGAACGCUGGGACCAAAGUGGUCGAUCUAGUAAUGCAGAUGCUCGUGCUGCUUCAGUUACUUCGGAGUGGGAGUCCUGUAGCGCUCGUGUAUGGCUACGCGUUGUUCGUGGCGGCCAAUUCUCUGUCCAGUGCGAUAAAUAUCCUGUUCGACCGUUUUUCAGCCCUCACGGAAGUCCUCAUUGACUCACUCUUCGACUUCUCUGCAGCCGUCUUGUUUCGCAUUACCACGCUCGUGUAUUGCUAUUACAACUUCGAGUUCGAUCGGACUGAAUAUCUCACAUACUUGAAGAUGCUCAAGCCUGGCAGCUUCGAGCAUAUUGCGCGCUUAUUUGGGGAUCAAUCCGAGAUCGCGCUCUUCCGCGUAAGCUUCGACUCGCUUCGAUUUAGCUCCGUGCUGGACUUGGUUACCCAAAUCUCGAUGAAUCUGGCAUUCUGCUACCGAAUUAAGCGCAUGAUGGAGAAUACGCUACCAGUUCCAAAAGUAAUAGCUGCUGCGUUCUUUCUGUACAGCGUGGCAACUGUGGUGAUAACCCACCAAUCGGUGUCACAGUCCAUAGCUGCGUGCUCGGCAUAUCCAGACUGCGUAGUGUACGCCUACCGGUGGACAUCCAGCGAUGGACCCUGUCCGUGCCUCAUCUUCAUCGACGUCAAUAAAUCUCCAAAAACUUUUGACGAGUGGAUUCAUCCUCCACAAGCGUAUACAGCGCUUGAAGCAGUAUCGAAGUUUGGAACACUGGAGUCGAUUCAAAUAAUUAACCGUCAACUGCUCGAGUUUCCAGAAGAACUUCGCUCUUGCAGCAAGCUCAAAUCGAUUCAGCUAAUGUAUACCAGUGUGGAGAUCAUGCCUGCAUGGGCAGCAGAGUUCAGCCACCUCGAGACCUUUCAUAUUGAAGGGAAACUCGGCAGCAUAAAUCUGCAAGAGCUCCCGGAGAAGCUCUUCACCAACAUGCCAAACCUGGCAAUGGUUCAUCUGGGCGUUCACGGGCUUCGAACCCUACCACCAUUGACGGGAGUGCCGAACUUGCAGAGUUUAACCCUCGCUUGGAUGUUUGCUUUCGACCAUCUCCCGCCGUUCGAUCACGUCCCGAACUUACGCAGAUUGGUCAUCUCCGUGGUGCCGUUCCUGCAGUGGGUCCCUGACAUGUCCCCACUACGAGAUCUCAUUGAGUUCGCCAUUCUACCCGGUGUGAUCUGCUGUAACGGAUUUCUUGGAGCUUGCGACUUGACCGACUACCUCUGCGCCGGUAAUCCUCAGCUUGGGUUGCCGUCUGCGACGUGCCUGAUGAACAGCACCAACCCGAGUUUGCCAGCCUCCCCAUACUUCGGAAGUGUUGAUACCAAGAGAGACUUUGACGAUCUUGCUCCGAAUGUGUGUGCAAAGUGGCCACCUGGAGCUAUGUACAUCGAUAACACCCCCACCAAGGAGAAGAUCGACAUGUGCGGGGGCAAGCCGUUUCGCGAGUGCCAUCUUCCUGGGAACAUGACGGGCAUUUGCUACAGUAUGCGCUUCCAGGUCUUGUCGUGUAUCAUUGACGACGACCGCAUUGCACUGAGGCGCUACCAAAUCCAGCAGGGUGUUGGCCUGUUGUGCGACCCAGUCGAGGAAAAGUGGCUGGGGUGUGGGGAAUAG